AUGAUAUGUGCACUAUACUUUGCAGAACAGUUUUCCACACUGACUGAUGACGAGGUGUCAGUGUUAUACUGUUUUCUGUGUUCUGACUCCGGUCCUCCUGACUUCACUGACACAGAGUGGCUGGACAUACUUAAUGCGAUACAACGGAUAGUGUGGCGUAAAAAGAAUCCUGUAACACGUGCGGAAGCACAGCAGACUCUGAACAGACUGACGUCACAUGAUAACCUCUGGGAAGAUCAGGACAAGAUAACAAAGGACACAAAGGAUGAGACAAUGUAUAGGAUAGCAUCAAUAGACAGUGGUAUGCCAUUCAUUUGCUGUAGUUAUAACACAGCCAGUGUGUACCUGAGAUCAGACAGAUACAACAGUAAACCUGGAGAGAAGUGUGUCACUAGUCCUGUCUGGGGUCACUUACUGAUACACCGUCUACAGAUGAACAUACUGACUCACGUCACCAUGGAGGACACGAGAAUAUAUGAUGAGAUACACCAGCUAUUAAAUAUCCCAGAAAAUAAAAUCAAGAGCAGUAAAGAUGAACGAGAAGAAUUUCUAACGGUACUACGAAGAGAAGGGGAGGCUGUACAUUACAGAGGAAGAUCACAGGACAGUGUAGAUCACGUGACAUGGCUCCGGAGUGACUUGAGACCUGACAUCGUGAGAUCCUGUAUAGGCCUCCAUCCACACUGGGACCUUUAUAUCAUCGACAACAAAACCUAUGGAAAACCAAGUAAAAUCCUGGGCCAUCCAACGACAGUCAGAUGCCUACUGUAUUGUUUACUUAUAUCUGAUAAAUAUCGGAUUAGUUUCAUUGAACAAUCACACCGAAUCACAAAGGACAAAAUCAGACAGAGGUAUUUCCCUGAUAUAACUGCUGACGGCUCGGUAGAUCUUCCUGAUGAAAUCACAGAAACACGUGACGGUGUGAUAACCUUUAUAUCAGAGGACAUCCGACAUGACGUCAUGUUCGCCUUUGUUAAGGAGUGUCUGGUGGAAGACAGUGAUCUGGAGUUUUUCCUGACCACGGCGUCACGUGACGUGAUCUCAGACUACUGCAGGUCUUGGUGGUAUAAGAGGAGUGAGGGAGAGAGAUGUCUGUAUGUACCGGUCAGUCCGGUGAAGAUGUACGACCUCUUCAUAGACCGUCUACAGCUGGAUAUCAUCACACACUGUACCGUAUCUGACGUGGAGAUUCAUAAGAAGAUCAGUAAACGUUUGAAGAUACCCGAAGAAGUACUUCGUUGGGACAUGGAAGCAAGAAAAAGGUUCGUCAAAAUUUCAAGUCAAGGCAGUGUGAACAUGUGUCGAGCCAGAGGAAUGAUAGUGGGAUGCGCAGGAGCAGGAAAAACGACUCUUCUUAGAAGACUUCAAAGGGAAAACAAAGAAGAAAACAAACAACCAACUGAGACAACCGUCGGUCUUGAUAUCCACGAGGAUUUGUUUGAAAUUAAAGAUGAUACAUUAAUAGAUUUUGAUAAAAAUGGAACCCAAUCAGACAAGACUUCUUACAGCACAAAUGGCAGACAACUUAUAAGUAUGACGGAUUUUGCUGGACAAGUGGCGUAUUACGCGUGUCACCAGAUUUACCUAUCUAGAAGAGCCUUUUAUCUCGUGGUGGUUGACAUGUCCAAAGAUCUGGAGGAGAAAGCUAUGUCAUACGACACUGAUAGACACAACCCCAUAGGAUCUUUAUUUCAUAACUGGACAUUUGCAGACUACUUCGUGUUUUGGCUGCAAUCCAUUAAAACCUACUGCGAGGAUGGGAAGUCUAAGAUGAGUCGAAAUAAUGUAACCAAGGCCACCCCUGUUAUCCUGAUUGCUUCUCAUCAUGACUGUGUCAAGCAGCGGAAGGAAACCACGUCCAGUCAAACUUCAUUCUAUGAUGCGCUAGAGAGAUGCUUGCCUAGUGAACAUACAGUGAAUGAUCAUAUUUCACCCGCACGUUACUACGAGAUUGAAUGUCCAUUUGGCGCAUUGAAUGGACACCAGGAAGAAGCAAUAGAACAAGUCAGAAAUUGUAUUGUUAGUACAGCAAAAAGUCUUCCACAUUGGGGUGAAAAAAUUCCAAACAUAUGGUACAUGUUUGAGCGAUUUGUACAAGAACACAAAGCAAAUAGAAUUAUCAGCAGAUAUAGCCUACGAUUUGAGAAAGAAUUUAAAAUCCUAAAAGAAAAUGAGUUGGAUGAUAUGCUCAGAUACUUUUCAGAGGUGGGCCAGAUUAUAUAUUUCUUGGAAGAGGGUUUGAAACACAACAUAAUAUUAGACGUUGGUUGGUUUGUAGACGCUUUUAAAAAUAUCAUAACUGACCCUACUCACGCACGCUCAGCGUGUAGCAGGGUUAAAGAGUGGGACAUUUUCAUGAAGAAUGGGAUGAUUUCAGAUUCAACACUAGUCAGGGUAUGGAGGGAAAACAAAACGGAAUCAUAUAUUCCUCAAAAGGAUCAUAUUAUACCAUACAUGGGAAAACUUGGUAUUCUUGCCAAAAUAAAAACUCAAGAAGUUGAGGGGAAAGGUGCAGAAUUAUUUGGAAAUAGACAAGAAUCCCUGCUUUGA